AUAAAUGGAAGAAUACAAAGUUGGAGUGCGUCGUUGUCAUAGCGAUUGUCUCAUGUUUAUAGAAAAUAUGGCGAGCACAGGACGACAAGAACGUGAAAUGUUACGCAAAGCGAAGCGCGCUUAUGAACACACAUCAGAUCCAAUUGAAAAGUUAAGACUUGCUUGCUUAUCUCGAGGCUCAUCCGGAAUUAAGGGACUCGGAAGGGUAUUCAAAAUAAUGGACGACGAUGGAAACAGAACUUUAGACUUUAACGAAUUUAAGAAAGGAUUGAGGGAUUAUGGCCUUUAUCUUGAGCCAAAGGAAGUAAGAAAUGUGUUUAAUGCGUUCGACAGAGAUGGAAAUGGAAACUUAGAUUUUGAUGAAUUUCUUGUCACUUUAAGGCCCCCAAUGAGCAACACACGGAAAAGAGUAAUCAAUCAAGCUUUCAAAAAAUUAGACAAAACAGGAGAUGGAAUCAUCACUGUUGAUGAUUUACGUGGUGUGUACAAUGUAAAACAUCAUCCUAAAUACAUAAAUGGAGAGUGGACUGAAGAGCAAUGUUUCAGAACAUUUCUUGACAGUUUUGAUACACCUGAUGAUAAAGAUGGAAAAAUAACUUUAGAUGAAUUCUUCAAUUAUUACAGUGGAGUGAGUGCUUCAAUCGAUAACGACGCGUAUUUUGAUCUUAUGAUGAGAAAUGCGUAUAAACUAAAAUAGAAAGAUUGUUUAAAUCAAUGGGUGCUAUGGAUUGAUUGCUUACCUACAUACACCCAUAUGUACGUGACGUAGAUAUGAAUUCCGAAAUCUGUGACGGUUGCACGAGGCCAUGGUGGAACUUGGUAAAAAAAUAGAACAAAACACUUAUUGAAAGGCAGUUUCAAUACUGUGAAGUAAAUGCAAUCAUAUUUUUAAUAUGUUUGUACUGAAAACAUUAUUCAGUGGAUAGAACUCCCUGAUUUAAAUAGAACUUAUUACUGGUGGGCUCGUGGUAAAAUGGCAGGCUGUAGAUGCAGCCCCUCACUAUAGUAAUAUUCUUCGGACGAAUGGGCUGCAUACAGGCAUUAGCGCUAACAUGUAAAGUUUGUUUCCAAGUAAUCAACAGCGAAAUGCCUUAUCCAAAUUCAAUGUAGAUAGUAUAUAAUAAUUAGAAGUUAACGCAAAGGUUUCCUGAAUGAAUACAUUCACUGCACCGUGGCCUUGCAUGGUAUCCUCAAGUCCUCAUCGUGUAAAAAAUUGUCAGAAUUUUUCUCUUCCACUGCUAUCAAGACAAAAUUAGUCUACGUUUACAUUACUCCCGAUCGGUCUGAAAACGGCGCAAAAAGUAACAGAACCGGGUUGGGUUUAUACUGCACUGGAGGGAAUGAUGAACUAGGAUGCUCGAUUUUGGAUUUUUGUUAAAUUAAAAAAAAUAAUUGCCAUUUGACUAAUGUAAAUAUUCAAAUUCAUAAUGAUUCAACAAUUCUCACAAUAAAUAUCUUGGUUACAAAA